AUGAAAGAUGAUAUGCAUGAGGUUGUGGAACAACCACCAACUUCUAAAUUUCAAUGCGAGAUGAAUGCAUUGAAGAAUGCAGAUGGGUCUGCUUUCUAUUCUCAGGGUGAGACCUCGGUCAUGGUAGCAGUGUAUGGUCCCGGUGACCUGAAAGAAACCAAACAAGAAAUUGACAAAGCGUUGGUUGAAGUAGAUUUUCGCCCAAAACUCGGCAGUCCUACUGUCAAUGAAAAAUAUUUGGAGCGUUUUGUACAAGGAGUUUGUGAGAAUGCUAUAAUGCUUGCCCUUCAUCCAAGAACUGCAUUUGCCAUAAUUGUACAGAUUAUGCAAGACCAAGGAUCGUUACUCUCCUGUGCCAUUAAUGCAGUGUGCGUGGCACUUCAAGAUGCCGGUGUGUCCAUGAAACAUUUACCAGUUGCUGUCACUGUUGCUUUAAGGAAGGAAAGCGAGAGCGAGUUAGAAGAUGCAACGGAUGUGCUUAUUAUUAACCCAACAAUAAAAGAAGAGUCCGAAUCAUUUUCUAUCCUCACAUUUGUAUUUGAUAGUGUCAAUAAGAACCUUCUUUGCAUGCACUCACAGGGCCCUCUGCUGCCGAAGCAGCACGAACGUUGUUUAAAAGCUGCGAAAGAAGCUACUGAAGAAGUUUUAAAGUUUUUUAGAGACUCUGUAACUCAAAAAGUGGCUGCUGGAUUGGAACUUUAA